AUGGCGAUGAAUUUUGUGGCAGCUAAAAAGACUGAGGAUCUGCCAGAGGCAUUCCCUGUUAACCGAGUCGAAGGACUUAGUAAGGACAAUGAUCAUGUUCGUCGGGGUGGCAGCCAUGGUGGAGGUUACGGGGGUAGUUAUGGUAGCGGCUACACCGGCGGUUCAGGUGGCGGUUCAGGUGGCGUCAACGUCCUGCUGGCUGGUAACGGUGGAUCCGGAUACUUCAGUGCAGGACCCAGGUCCCACGUGCUCAACGCAGGAGGCUUCCCCUUCGAGCCGUCCACCUAUGGAGCACAGCAGCAGUGGUACUACCAUGCUGCCCUAGCUGCUGGGGACCCAUACGCUGCUAAGGCAAUCGGUGGGGGUAAUUAUGCCAUCCAGUCUGCAGACGCAGCCGCUGCCAGUGCCGCCCAUGGUGUAGUAGCGCAGGCCAACGACCCCAACAUUGCUAAUGCAGUGAACUACCUGACGGACCACGCCAACUCCGCCUCACUCAACGCUGCGGCCCAUCACGGCGCCGCUUAUGUCGCCCUCAAGGCCAGUUACAACCACUAGCAUGAGCGACUUCUUUAUAUCCUGAGGCACAGAGGAAAUAUGAAUAUUUUACCUAGUCUACUGUGGCGCUUCAAGAGUUGUGUGUGUCGCCUCCACCAUCCUCUCUCCUUCCCACCAUGGGUGUGACCAUUACCAGUCAUGUUUGACAAUUAAACAAUUAAGACGCGA